AUGGCCACUUUUGUCAUGCAAUCGUUAGGUUGCGACGUCUCUGCGAUCAACACUGUGCACUACAGUAACCAUACGGCGUACAAGCAAGUCAAAGGCACGAAGACCUCCGCGAGCGAAAUCCUCGAACUCUACGAAGGGCUACAGCAAGCGAACCUUACCAACUUCGACGUACUCUUGACCGGAUACAUGCCCAGCGCCGAGGCCGUACAGACGAUAGGGACGAUUGGCAGAGAUAUCAAGUUCAAUGCUGGCACGAAGCCGGGCAGCUUUUUCUGGGUACUCGAUCCGGUCAUGGGCGACAAUGGCAAGCUGUACAUUCCAGAAGACGAAGUACCAGAGUACAAGGGGCUGUUGCGCGAGGCAGAUCUCAUACUCCCGAACCAGUUCGAGGCCGAACUACUGUCCGAUACCCCCAUCACCGACCUCAAGUCCCUCGCCGCCGCCAUCCAAGUCCUCCACAAGACCUACCAAGUCCCCCACGUAAUCAUAACCUCCCUCCGCCUGACCCGCGACAACCAGACCAUACCCUCGCGACCAGUAUCCAAAGCCGGCACCGGCACCCACACUCCCUCAGACCCCCAUCACGCCGACGCAUCAACAUCCCAGCCCGCCCCCCAACUCCAAGCCCCCCAAAUCGACCUCUCCGACAUCGAAAACCUCACAAUCAUCGGCUCCACCGCAACCUCCGACUACAAACCCCGUCUCUUCCGCAUCGACACCCCGCAACUCCCCCUCUUCUUCUCAGGAACAGGAGAUAUGUUUGCUGCGCUCACGAUCCCGCGUCUCAUCGAAGCCGUACACGACGCGUCUACACCCGAGUUUGAUUUGCACGCGAAACCGAGCUGGCGCUCACCAGACGAUGUGCCGGCUGAGGAACUGCCGUUGGCGAAGGCGUGUCAGAAGGUUCUUGCGUCCAUGCAAGCUAUACUCACGCGCACGACGUCUGCGUGUCAGGAGAAGAUGGCUGCGUAUGAUGCGCGUGCUGCGAAGGAAGGGCGGGGUGAGGGUGAUGAGGCGGAUGAGGAGGUUAGCAGGAAGAGGCAUCUGGCGCUUAUGAAUGCGAGUGAGGUGACGGUUCCGCGGUAUGUCAAAGAGAUGAUUGAUCCGCCGGAUCUGGAGCGGUUCAAGCCACGCGCGGUGUAUGAGGGGCAGAGUGUACCAGCGCAUGUUGGGGCGAGGAAGCCGGAUGAGUUGAACGUGCUGCAUUUGGGUGUUGGCACGAAGGAUGGUGGGGCGAUGCAGGUGCUUCAGUCAGGUACUCAGGGCAGAGUUGUUGGAGAGGGAGAGAAGAAGGAGGCGGGUGAUUCAUGA